AUGGGACUAGAAGAAGGAUCGGAUAGAUUCAUGAAACAGCAAGAGCAGUGCCAGUCAACCCGUAUCAGCAUUGCCUCUAACAAUAAGGCCACAGCAACUCUGAAAGCUGUGUCUGCAGCAGCUGCUAGGGUUCAUCCUCCAACUGUCAAAUUUUCAGAUGAUACAGAGAGGCUCCAACACAUUAAUAGCAUACGGAAUUCUCCUGAUGGAGCACAGGUCAAGCGUGUUAUCGACCUGCUGCGGAAGACAAGGCAGGCUUUCACGCCUGAGGGAAUAUACGAAAACUGUUUUGUUGAUGUGAACCACAAUCAAACUGUCUUUAAGUGUCUGACAGAUAACCCAAAAGUUCACUAUGAUGGAAAAUGCUUCUCGUAUAAGUCCAAGCAUGCUGUGAAGGACAGAAGCCAACUACUGGCCAUAGUACAGAAAUUUCCAGAGGGCAUACCUGUGAUUGAUCUCAAGGAUGCAUACCCCAGUGUAAUGGAAGACCUGCAGGCUCUAAAAGCUGCUGGUGACAUAUGGCUUCUUUCAAGCUUCAGUGCACAAGAGGAUAUAGCAUAUCCGAAUGACCCUAAGUUGCCCCGCAUCGAGGUUGAUGAUGACCUUAAAACAUGCUUCAGGAAAAUAGAGUUGCCUAGCAAUAUGGUUGAUAUUGAGAAGUAUCUUCAGAAGAAUGGGAUGGGGCCUGCCACAGACUCUGCAAGGAGAAGUGCUAUGGUUCAGAGUCUAGUCGGGUCUUCUUAUUGCAAGGACAAGAAGAACAAGAAGAAGAAGCCUGAGAUCAGCAAGAGGACCAAACUAACCAAUACCCAUCUUCCUGAGCUUUUGGAGAGCUGGAAAAAUUAG